UGGAGAUAUUACACCUUUACUUUUAAAACAGAGGACGAUACAGCUCAAUUAGACGUGGUCAAACAAAAUGGCCAUUUAAUGAAAUCUGUGAGCAUCGUUUUGGAUCAGAAGGAAAAGUUCAAUCGAGAAAAUGCUUGUGAAGUUUUGAACAUUCUAAGUAACCUUGGAAACCAAAGAGUUUCAAUUCUGAUACUGAAAUUCGUUGGAGAAAAUCCACUGUUUUUCUCUGGAAUAGAAUUCGUGAAAGCGCUGAAAUCAUUUUUCAGUGCAAAAAAUCAAGAUGACGACACUGGUAGCUUGCUGGAAGUUGAUGUCGGCUGCCUAUGGGUAGAUUUGGACAAAGAGUUCUUGGAAAUAUUGUCAAGCCAUCAUAAGAAUUUGGAAUCUUUGAAUAUCCAGACUGAAAUUAUGAUUUCUAAGGUUCAUCCAGCAUACAUUAUGAAUUUGCUAGACAAUUGCAAACGUUUGAAAAAUUUGAGUUUGUUUUAUAUCAACCUUUCAGACGAGGUUCUAGAGAAGCUGGUAGAAGAAGGCCGUGAUCCAUUUGAUCACCUGUCAAUCAAAUGUCGUCAUCAAGAUAACUAUAGCAACAUAAUUUCUAAAAGUUCGUGGAAAACGCUUACUGAAAAAUGGCCCAAUUUAAAAGUUGAAAUUAUUUUUGAUCCCAACUUCAGCCAAGACAAAUUUUCUCAAAUUCUGUGCCCGGAAAUACCCGUCAAUGAUGUGAAUCUAGAAAUGUAUUCGGAUGUUUCAAAGGAAUUGAAUUUUAUAGCCGAAAAUUACCCUCGAACUUUAGAAAAUCUUACGGUUUACGCCGAACCAUCAAAAUACGUCGAAGAAUCUUUGAUGGCCAUUGCUAGAAACUGUCAAAAAUUAAGCAGUUUGUAUGUUUAUUGCACCAUUUCAGAGGACGUAACUGAACAGAUUUUGGAAUUGUAUCCUGGUCUUCGUGAAAGCAAGCAGUACCACUUUGGUUAA